AUGUCGUCACCGCCUGGCGUCGAAAAGCGCAAAGCUACAGCACCCAUCUCACCACCACCAACGAAGCGAUCGCUCCAGAGCGGAACAACCAGUAAGGGCGCACUAGAAAGGGGGAGAAAUUUGGCUAAUCCGAAAUCGGUAGAGAGUGCAAUUUCCAACUUCUUUACACCGACCUCGCAGAAACCAAAAGAUCGAACGUCAUGGUCCGAACGAAAAGACGACCCCGACAAACCAGCAACUCUGCUCGUGGGCAAAUACACGCCAGAAACGGAGAGCAAGGAAACGCAACUACGGCGCAAGAUUGCGGCUUUUGAUUUGGACUCGACAUUGAUCGACACAAGCUCUGGAAGGAAGCAUGCGAAAGACGCUCUGGACUGGCGGUGGUGGGAUGCGCGCGUACCGGGGAAGCUAAAGGAGCUUUACGAGGACGGCUAUCAUGUGGCUAUUCUGUCCAACCAAGGUGGCAUAACGCUUCAUAUCGAUCCAAAGCAAAAAGCGCCUCAGAAACAUACAGCAAAGCGACUGGAAGAGUUCAAAGAGAAGGGAUCCGCGGUACUGCGACACCUCGACUUACCUGUUGCAAUAUACGCGGCUACUGGAAAGGACAAUUUCAGGAAGCCGCGAAGGGGCAUGUGGGACGAGAUCCUCAAGGACAUGGGCCUGGAAGCCAAGGAUGUCGACUUGGAGCAGAGCGUCUUUGUGGGCGAUGCCGGCGGUCGUGUAGCCACGGUGAUGAAUGGUGCGGCGAUUGUCAAAGACUUUAGCUGCUCGGAUCGAAAUCUCGCGCACAAUGUCGGGGUCCCGUUCAAGACACCAGAGGAGUAUUUCCUGGGCCAGGCGCCGCGCAAGUGGGAGCGCGACCUCGACCUGGUGCACUACCCGCUCGGGAGCGAGGAUGCCCCGGCCGCGCUGUUUGAGAAGAAGAAUGAAAAGGAGAUUGUGGUCUUUUGCGGGCGGCCCGGUGCCGGCAAGAGCACUUUUUACUGGACGCAGCUGGAGCCGCUGGGCUACGCGCGUGUCAACCAGGACACGCUCAAGACGAGGGAGAAGUGCCUGCAAGCGGCCAAGGAAUUCCUCGACGACGGGUGCUCGGUGGCAGUGGAUAACACAAACGCGGACGCAGCCACGCGCAAAAUAUGGAUUGACCUGGCGCAGUCGUUCGGAGUGCCGGUCCGGUGCGUCUCGUUCACGACGCCCGCGGCCGUCUGUCGGCACAAUGACGCGCUGCGGUCGCUGAACAAGUCUCUGAACCCGGAGGACAGAGAGGUGCUACCAGAGGUGGCCUUUACCGGGUUCCAGAGCCGGUACAAGCCGCCGCAGGAGAGCGAGGGCUUCCAGGAUGUUACAGAGGUUGAAUUUAGGUUCCGGGGCACCCCGGCAGAGUACCAGAUUUGGGCGCGUUACUGGCUGUGA